AUGAAGCUCUUGGACGUGCUGCUUCAAGCAAGUAUUCUAUUACUGCUGACCCCUUUUACCAAUGCCUUCUACUACUACAGUAAUGGUGGAGAAAGAAAAUGUUUCUACAAGGAACUUGUCGAAAGUACGUUGCUUCAGGGCAAGUACAGCGUAGAGGUCUACGAUGAAAGUCUCAAAAGCUACAAGGCGCCUUCUAAGAAUGAAAUUUCAGUUGUGGUCGACAUUGAGGAGGUUUUUGAUGACAAUCACAGGGUGAUGAAUCCAAAAGGAGAAGCCCGUGGUGAGUUCACAUUCAACGCUCACAGCUCUGGUGAGCACAAGAUUUGUAUACAGCCACAGGCACAGGGCUGGCUGGCGAAGGUCAAGACAAAGGUAAACAUCGAUUUUGAGACUGGUUCCGAACAUCAGUUAGACUCUAAAAACUCAAAUGGCUACAAGUCUUUGCAGAGCAAGAUCCAGAUCUUGAAUGAGCGGGUUAUGGUACUUAAAAAGGAGCAAAAACUAGUCAGGGAACGUGAAGCUAUGUUCAGAGACGCUUCGGAGUCUGCGAACUCUCGCGCUAUGUGGUGGACUGUCUUCCAGGUCUUCGUCUUAGGAGGGACAUGCGUAUGGCAAUUGAGACACUUGCGCACGUUUUUUGUUAAACAGAAGAUUUUGUAG